UUCCGGUCGCCUCUUCUUCUUCACGUUGCAGUUCCGGAUACAAGAAUCCGACGAGUCGUGUAUGGAAGUACAGUGUGAGCAGUCAGAUCGCAUCCGAGCAUCGGAUCGUAUGCUGCGUGCUGUUUACCCCUGCGAUUCACUCGUACAGUGUGAGCAGCAGCUGAAUACCGCGAUUGAAAAAAUCGCACAGUGUCUGCCCAGCUUAACGCAACUUCAAAGCUCUGCGAGCGUCACACUUAGGAUGGGCGGGCCCAAGCUAGUCUCCACCCUCUGCUGUGUGUGCAAGUCAAGCUGGUUUAAGUGAAAGUGAAAAUACAUUUUGCAGUGAACGGACUGUAAAAGGCUUCAGGAGAAAAACGCAGUUUAUGGGUAUAAUCUGAAGGAGACAUGACCUCCAAAAUGAGUGUUUCUAAGAACAGAAAGAAAGGCAAGAGAAUGAUGGCAGGAAAGAGAUCAGACUCACCAGAACCCAGCUGUGUGUCCAUGAAGAGUGACUGGUCAAUGGGACUCCCAAUAUACUUCAGAGACAGAGACAGUCCUGCUGAUCUGAGAAUGACGGAGGGAAAGAGAUCAGACUCACCAGAACCCAGCUGUGUGUCGAUGAAGAGUGACCAGUCAAUGGAAGCCCCACCUGCCUUCAGAGACAGAGACCGUCCUGCUGAUCUGAGACCACAAAAGAAGAAAUCAAACACCAGCAGAAAUCAGCUGGAAUCCAUAUUCAAGGAGCUGGAACACAAAGUCAUCAGUGUGAUACAGAAGGAGCUGAAGAGGUUUAAGAAGCUCCUGAGUCCAGAUUCCCCAGCAUGCUCUGAGAGGGAGGUGGAGGAUGAGGAGGAUCAGAGCAGUGUCAGAGAGGGAGUGCUGAAGAUCACACUGCACUUCCUGAAGAACAUGAACCACACAGAUCUCGCUCACACACUGCACAACAAACUCGUCUCUGUGUAUCAGCAAAAUCUGAAAUCCAAACUGAGAGAGAAGUUUAAAAGAAUUAAUGAAGGAAUCUCACAGCCUGGAAGCUCAGCAUUUCUGAAUGAGAUCUACACACAGCUCUACAUCACAGAGGGUUGGAGUGGAGAUGUCAAUAAUGAACAUGAGGUGAGACAGAUUGAGGCAGCAUCCAGGAGACCAGCAACACAGGAGACACCCAUCAAAUGUAAUGAUCUCUUUAAAGACACGUCCAUCAGAAGUGUGCUGACUAAAGGAGUUGCUGGAAUUGGAAAAACAGUCUCUGUGCAGAAGUUCAUUCUGGACUGGACUGAAGGAAAAGCAAAUCAGGACAUCACCUUCAUAUUCCCACUACCCUUUAGAGAGCUGAAUCUGAUGAAGCAGAAAAAUCUCAGUCUGAUGAAUCUUCUUCAUCACUUUUUCCCAGAAAUGAAAGAAUUACAAUUAAUAGACUGUGAGAUCAACAAAGUGGUGUUGAUUUUUGAUGGUCUGGAUGAGUGUCGACUUCCUCUAAAUUUCCAGAACAAUGAGAGAUUGUGUGAUGUGACAGAGUCGGCCUCAGUGGAUGUGCUGCUGACAAACCUCAUCAAGGGGAAUCUGCUUCCCUCUGCUCUUCUCUGGAUAACCUCUCGACCAGGAGCAGCCAAUCAGAUCCCUCCUGAGUGUGUAGACCAGGUAACAGAGGUACGAGGGUUCAGUGACCCUCAGAAAGAGGAGUACUUCAGGAAGAGGAUCAGUGAUCAGAGCCUGGCCAAUAAAAUCAUCACACACAUGAAGUUCUCAAGAAGCCUCUACAUCAUGUGCCACAUCCCAGUCUUCUGCUGGAUCUCAGCCACUGUUCUCAAGAGAAUGUUGGGUGAAGCAGAGAGUGGAGAGAUCCCCAAGACUCUGACUCAAAUGUUCACACACUUCCUGAUCUUUCAGAUCAAACACAAGCACCAAAAGUACCAUCAGAAAUGUGAGCCUGAUCCUCAGCAGACCAGAGCGAGUAUCCUGGCACUGGGAAAACUGGCUUUCCAACAGCUGGAGAAAGGAAACCUGAUCUUCUAUGAGGAAGACCUGAGAGAGUGUGGCAUUGAUGUGAGAGAAGUGUCAGUGUACUCAGGAGUGUGUACCCAAAUCUUCAGAGAGGAAUUUGGGCUUCACCUGGGGAAGGUGUUCAGCUUUGUACAUCUGAGUGUUCAGGAGUUUCUGGCUGCUUUAUAUGCAUUUGUCUCUUUCCUCAGCAGAAAUGUAACAGAACAACAAACCACUGAUCUGUCUGAUCUUUUCCCCAAGUUAAACAUAUAUGAUUUGCUCAGGAAUGCAGUGGACAAGGCCUUACAGAGUGAGAAUGGACACCUGGACCUGUUCCUCCGCUUCCUUCUGGGUCUCUCACUGGAGUCCAAUCAGACUGUCUUACGAGACCUACUGCCCCAGACGGGAAGCCGCUCUCACAGCAAACAGGAAACAGUCGAGUACAUCAAGAAGAAGAUCAGGGAGAAUCCAUCUCCAGAGAAAUCCAUCAAUCUGUUCCACUGUCUGAAUGAACUGAAUAAUCAUUCUCUAGUCCAGGAAGUACAACGUUACCUGAACAGAGGAGAUUCUGAUUGUCUCAGUGGAGUCAGACUCUCUCCUGCUCAGUGGUCAGCUCUGGUGUUUGUGUUACUGAACUCAGAACAGGAACUGGAUGAGUUUAGUUUGAGUAAAUACAACCCAUCAGAAGAAUGUCUUCUGAAGCUGCUACCAGUGGUCAAAGCCUCCAGAAAAGCUGAUCUGUGUGAGUGUAAUCUGAGAGAGGAAAGCUGUAGAGUUCUGUCCUCAGUUCUCAGCUCAAACUCCUCCAGACUGAGAGAACUGAACCUGAGUGAAAAUAAAUUGCAGGAUUCAGGAGUGAAGCUGCUCUCUGCUGGACUGGAGAAUCCACACUGUACACUGGAGACACUGAGUCUGUGGGGGUGUAAUCUGACAGAGGAAAGCUGUAGAGUUCUGUCCUCAGUUCUCAGCUCAAACUCCUCCCGACUGAGAGAACUGGACCUGGGUGACAAUAACCUGCAGGAUUCAGGAGUGAAGCUGCUCUCUGCUGGACUGGAGAAUCCACACUGUACACUGGAGAUACUGAGUCUGUGUUGGUGUAAUCUGAGAGAGGAAAGCUGUAGAGUUCUGUCCUCAGUUCUCAGCUCAAACUCCUCCAGUCUGAGAGAACUGAACCUGAGACACAAUAACCUGCAGGAUUCAGGAGUGAAGCUGCUCUCUGCUGGACUGGAGAAUCCACACUGUACACUGGAGAAACUGAGGUUGUCUAAAUGCAGUAUUACAGGUGAAGGCUGUGCUGCUCUGGUUUCAGCUCUGAGGUCAAAUCCCUCAUCACACCUGAGAGAACUGAAUCUGAACUACAAUAAACCAGGAGAAUCUGGAGUGAAGCUGCUCUCUGAUCUACUGAAGGAUCCGCAGUGUACACUGAAGACACUACAGCUGUGUGGGUGUAAUCUGACAGAGGAAAGCUGUAGAGGUCUGUCCUCAGUUCUCAGCUCAAACUCCUCUAGUCUGAGAGAACUGAACCUGAGUAUCAAUAACCUGCAAGAUAUAGGAGUGGUGCUGCUCUCUGCUGGACUGGAGAAUCCACACUGUAAACUGGAGAUAUUGAGUCUGUGGGAGUGUAAUCUGACAGAGGAAAGCUGUAGAGUUCUGUCCUCAGUUCUCAGCUCAAACUCCUCCAGUCUGAGAGAACUGGAUCUGAGUAAAAAUAACUUGCAGGAUUCAGGAGUGAAGCUGCUCUCUGCUGGGCUGGAGAAUCCACACUGUACAGUAGAGAUAUUGAGGCUGUGUGAGUGUAAUCUGACAGAGGAAAGCUGUAGAUUUCUGUCCUCAGUUCUCAACACAAACUCCUCCAGUCUGAGAGAACUGAACCUGAGUGACAAUAACCUGCAAGAUUCAGGAGUGAAGCUGCUCUCUGCUGGACUGGAGAAUCUACACUGUGCACUGGAGAUACUGAGUCUGUGGAAGUGUAAUCUGACAGAUGAAAGCUGUAGAGUUCUGUCCUCAGUUCUCAGCUCAAACUCCUCCAGUCUGAGAGAACUGAUCCUGAGUGGAAAUAACCUCCAGGAUUCAGGAGCAAAGCUGCUCUCUGCUGGACUGAAGAAUCCACGUUGUACACUGGAGAUACUGAGUCUGUGGGACUGUAAUCUGACAGAGGAAAGUUGUAGAGUUCUGUCAUCAGUUCUCAGCUCAAACUCCUCCAGUCUGAGAGAACUGAACCUGAGUGGAAAUAACCUGCAGAAUUCAGGAGUAGCGCUGCUCUCUGCUGGACUGGAGAAUCCACACUGUACACUGGAGAAACUGAGGUUGUCAAACUGCAGUGUUACAGGUGAAGGUUUUGCUGCUCUGGUUUCAGCUCUGAGGUCAAACCCCUCAUCACCCCUGAGAGAACUGGAUCUGAACUCCAAUAAUCCAGGAGAGUCAGGAGUAAAGCUCCUCUCUGAUCUCCUGGAGAAUCCACACUGUACUCUGGACAAAUUACACAUUGAGAUCUGAAUCAUUCACAUUCAGAUGUUCCAGAACAAUAACCGUGACUGAGCACAUCCUUUAUCUACUCAGCUCCACAUUACUUCAGACUAAUAAUGCACUCAUGGACCACUUUAAUAUGAACUUGUUCUUGAUUCUAUAAUUCCUGUUCUUGGCUGCAAGAGUGGAACCCAAAUGUGCCUUUCUGCUCACCAUGUAUGUAAAAAGAGUUGCUACAGUACAAGUUAGUACUUGGGUGGCACAAAGGUUAGCAUUUUCACCUCACAGCAAGAAAGUUCUGGGUUCAAGCCCACUGGCCAAUGAGGGCUUUUCUGUGUCGAGUUUGCAUGUUCUACCCGUGUCUGCAUGGGUUUCCUCUGGAUGCACCGAUUUCCCCCACAGUUCAAAGACAUGCAGUAAAGUUAACGUGGGGUGGCCUUGGGCUGAAGUGCCCUUGGGCAAGGCACCUUACCCCCAACUGCUGUAGCAUGGCUGCCCACUGCUCUGGGUAUGCAUGCGUGCACUGCUUCAGAUGGGUUAAACACAGAAGACUAAUUUAACUGUGAUUGUGUGCACGCAUGUGACAAAAGUGGUGCCUUCUAUUUCCUUCCUGGCAGCUUGAACCAAUCUGGGGAGGUUCCCAAAAGUCUCUUAAUGCCAAGAGCAUCUUAACUAGGAGAGUGUGUUCUGUGUGCUGCUCACUCUACCAUUUAACAAUGAUCUUUGUGCUAUGAUGCUUUUGGGGAAACUCAAGUCUGGCCAUUUUCCUCUGACCUCAUCUACAAGGCAUUUGUUUUCUGUGCACAAAAUCAUUUGCUCUGUUUUUUCACACUAUUCCACAUAAGCUCUAAACUUGUGUGAAAACCCCAGGGAGAUCAGCAGGGUGUGAAAUACUCAAUCCAGUCCAUCUGGCACCCAAAACCCAUUCCAAAGGGAACGUCACAGCAAUCACACUUCCCUCCCCAUUUUUGAUGUUUGACAUUAACUGAAGCUCUUGAGUUGGAUCUGCACAAUUAUGAAUCAUGCUGCUGUCAAGAGAUUGGCUGAUUAGAUAAAUGUAUAACACAGCAGGUGAGUGUUCCUAAUAAAGUGGCCAGUGAGUGCAUUUUUGAUCCAUUUAUCUCAUAUUUUUAGCAGCUCAGUUUGUUCAAACACUUAAAAAGGCUUCACUAGGUUUUCAACUUGUGAUUAAAAACAGAAAAUUCUACACUGACUAAUUUCACAGCUUGCUAAUUUUAUUGAGUGUAUAAUACAAAACAGUAACUGAACACAACACUGAGGUUGAGAAGCACUGUAUAAAAAAAAAAAAAAAGAGAGAAAUUGCUUUAGACACUGCUUUGUAAUUGCAUAUUGAGAUCUGAACUGGAAAAAGGCAGUUGUCAUGUGCAUGUUAAAGGAAGGGUGAUGUACUGCAAACGCACUGGAAGCGAUUCAGCUGGAGACCUCCAUUUUCCCCAAAAGAUGCAGUGCCACCAAAAUGACUCAAUGUUAUGGCAAUCAAGCAUUGUUUUACUGCAAGGGGGAACAAGGACUGUCAACACAAUAGACCUUUUAUUUUAGAGAUUUAAAUGCAUGAUUUGUGACACCAUCCUACAUACUUCUCUAACCACUUUUCCUUGAUGCCAGUGGAAAAGGCCAUGUAGUCAAAGAGACAUGGAUUUAUAAAGACCGGGGGGAUUUCUUGGAAGACAUUUAUUGAAGGAUUUGAUGCAAUAUUUUGACCUGGUGUUUAGAAAAAAAGAAAAAAGAAAGAAACAUAUAUAACCCAAGAUCAAAGUGUUACUUCACACUUACACAGCUAAUACACACACUCUGAGGAAAAAUCUUCUUCAAGGGUUCAAGGGUUCACUGGAAAAAUAAUACUGGAACCUUUUUCUGAUGUACACACAUACACACAAUAUUUCUUUGACACAUUGUCUGCAUUUGAAACUAGAAAAGCGCUCGGAGAGCGAAGACCUCCGCCAAGCAGCUCAUCUCGCAAUGAUAAAGAAUCCUUUAAAAAAAUCCGGGAUCCAGAAGGUGACCCGGAUCACCGCCAAAAUUUAAUGGAUUGUUACUUGUGCCCAUUCACACCUCUGGAAAAAAAAUUCAGAGCAAUCCGUUCAAAACUUUUUCCGUAAUGUUGCUAUCAGACAAACCAACCAACCAACAAACAAACAAACCAACGCUACCGAAAACAUAACCUCCUUGGCGGAGGUAAUUAAGCUUACUGCCUUGUUGCCUCACAGCCAUAAUAAAAAGGCGUCUUGUCAGGCAAAACUUUCAGCUGGAGGCAUCUUCUAAGGAUGUCCAAAUGACCUUUUAGGAUAGCAUUUAUGGUAAUGCUGUGUAACUAAACCAAAACUCUAGCUAGUUAGGUAACUGAUGCCUUUACUCACAGUGGUGCUUGAAAGUUUGUGAACCCUAUAGAAUUUUCUAUAUUUU